AUGGAGAUCGAAGCGUUUCGAAAGCUGCACCCGGCGGAGUUCUAUCGCAAGUUCUUGGUGCACUCCGUCCGACCCGACGGCCGCAAUCUGUCCAAGGCCCGCAAGACCACCAUCACCGCAGGGUCGGUGAAGACGGCGUGCGGUUCGUCGUUUGUGAAGAUCGGCAACACGUCGGUCAGUGCGGGCGUCAAGGCCGAAUGCGGUCUCGCCCCUCCCACCACGCCCGGCAACGUGAAUGUGGAGCUCACGCCACUCUGCUCGCCCAACUUCAAGCCCGGCAAGCCGUCGGAGCUCUCUCAGUACAUCGCCACCAUCCUCAAUCGCCUGGUCAGAACGACUGAUCUGGUCGACGAGUCGGUGCUGCGAAUUGAAGACAAGGAGGAACAGAGCAAGGAGCGCAAGGCGAUGGUGUGGUACCUGUACGUGGACAUGUACUGCCUCGACUACGACGGCAACGUGUUCGAUGCGUGCCUCAUCGCCCUCCUCUCGGCACUCGCCAACGUUCGGCUGCCAGCAGCGCGCGUGGUGUCCAAGGACGACAACUUCACGGUCGUGACGACGGGCGAGGCCAACAUUGGCCUCCGCCUCCGCCACUUCCCCAUCCCCCUCACCUUUGCCAUUUUCGACGAGAUCUACGUUCUGGCCGAUCCUACGGCUGAGGAAGAGAGCCUGGCAGGCAGCACCUUCACAAUCAUCUACAACGACAAGAAGGAGAUAUGCUCCGUGCUCAAGCCCGGCGGGACGACACUCUCGGACAGCACGCUCAAGGAGUGCAUGGAGCGGGCCAAGGUUCGGGUCGACGAGGUGAUGCCUCUGCUCGCCCACACGAUGGCCUGA